CACUCAUGCAUGGUCACACAAUGUGACAGUCCAGACAUGGCUGGAAACGGGAGGCAGCUCCGUUUAACCGAGCCCCAUCUCCGACUCCAAGCCGCCUCCAAAAACUAACAACAACAAAGGAAAACUUUUCCUUGCGCAAGUUAACGGGCCCGGGACAGACAGACAGCCAGACUGACCACACGCUUGGAGAAGUUUGUGCAUGAAUGAGUCUGUGGGGCAGCAUUUAAAAAAGAGUUUGUUGAGCUGUCAGAGAGGCGACAGGUUGCGGGUUUUGGAUCAGGGAGACAGAGGGAGGGUCGCUGCAGCCGCGGGAGGUCUUCACGCUUUUCAACGCACUCAAAUGAUGGCACCAAUGAUGGCAGAUGGAUUUGCUUUUCAUAUUUAAGUAUGACAUCUCCGGUCUAAAGGUAUGACGGAUAAACACUGCUGUGAAUAUAUUCCCUGUACUUAAAUGGGAGUAAAGUAAAUGAAGAACGGCAUGUUAUCAGGUGUCAUACAUAUUGUGAACCCUAGUCGAUGGAUUUAUUACCUUUAAUACAAGAAUAUUUUACCUGUACUUUCUCCAUAGGCUAGAAAUCUUGAAGCAUGGGCGACUGGAGCUUUCUGGGGCGGCUGUUGGAGAACGCUCAGGAGCACUCAACGGUCAUCGGCAAAGUCUGGCUGACUGUCCUCUUCAUCUUCAGGAUCCUGGUGCUGGGGGCCGCGGCUGAAGAGGUCUGGGGCGAUGAGCAGUCUGACUUCACCUGUAACACCCAACAGCCUGGUUGCGAGAAUGUUUGCUACGAUGAGGCCUUCCCCAUCUCGCACAUCCGCUUCUGGGUGCUGCAGAUCAUCUUUGUGUCCACGCCGACUCUUAUCUACCUGGGCCACGUGCUACACAUCGUCCGCAUGGAGGAGAAGCGGAAAGAGAAGGAGGAGGAGAUGCGCAAAGCAAACAGGUUCCAAGAGGAGAAAGAACUCCUUUAUAGAAACGGUGGAGAUGCUGGAGGAGGAGGAGGCGGCAAGAAGGAGAAGCCGCCAAUCAGGGACGAGCAUGGCAAAAUCCGUAUCAGAGGCGCAUUGCUGCGUACCUAUGUGUUCAACAUUAUUUUCAAGACCCUGUUUGAAGUGGGAUUCAUUUUGGGCCAGUAUUUCCUCUAUGGCUUCCAGCUGAGGCCCCUGUACAAGUGUGCACGUUGGCCCUGCCCCAACACCGUUGACUGCUUCAUAUCGAGGCCCACUGAAAAGACAAUUUUUAUUAUAUUUAUGCUUGUGGUGGCUUGCGUGUCUCUUUUGCUGAAUUUGUUAGAGAUCUAUCACCUUGGAUGGAAGAAAGUUAAACAGGGCAUGACAAAUGAGUUUGCCCCUGACCACGAGUCACUGCGCCGCGUUGACAUUGCAGAGCCUGAGUGUUUGGCCUCGGCCUCCAGAACUGCCCCAUCCAGCCUCAGUUACCCUCCCAACUACACAGAUGUGACGGCAGGCAGCGGGGCGUUCCUGCCGCCCAUGGGGCCUGCAGCCGUGCCCUCAGCAGCGGAGUUCAAGAUGGACGACCUCCAGCAGGAGGAGUCCCUCCGCAAGCCCUCCCCCUCUUCCCACUACUACAUCAGCAACAACAACAAUCACAGGCUGGCCACGCAGCAGAACUGGGCCAACCUGGCCACCGAGCAGCAGACUCGGGAGAUGAAGGCCACUUCCCCCUCCCCAUCCUCCUCUUCCUCCACCAGCACCAACAAUGGGCAGAAGCAGCAGCCCGUCAAUGCUGCACUGCUCCUUCCAACCAGCAACACCACCAGUAACACCAACAUCACCAACACAACUGCCACUGCCGCCUCCAGCAGCAGCAGCCCUGGUACUGCCUCCAACACAGGCAGCUGGAGUGGGGGGAAGAGCGAGCAGGAGGAAGGCCACGUCACCACCACCACAGUGGAGAUGCACAAGCCUCCAGUAACGGUCAGCACAGACCCUCGGCGGCUCAGUCGGGCCAGCAAGAGCAGCAGCAUUAGGGCCAGGCCAAGCGACCUGGCUGUCUAAAUCUCUUUGGCCCUUUCAUGUCCCUAAACCCUCCCUGACCAACACCCCGCAUCCACCAACCCCACCCCCAAACACAGUGAUUCUCAGACAAAAAAAUCACACAUGCAUAAAGCAAAAAAAAAAACAGAAAAAAAACACACAAAAAAAACAAAAAAACAAAAGAAGGCAAGGCGACAAGAGACAGGAAAGCAGAAUAGCAGAAAAUGUUUAGGCAUUUGAUCAGCAGCCGUCGUUGAUUUAGUGCAAUCGGUGAGUUGCAGAGUAGUUGAGGCGAGGUUUUUUUUUUUGGGAUGGUCUUAAUUUAUGCACACAAAAAGUGAUCAUGCAGUUCCAUAAAGUCAGAAGGCUCGAUUCACAGCGGUGGAUAAUGCGAAGGACAUUGUGAUGUCAUAAUUUUGCAUCAAAAUGGACACAUCUCACCAACGUGUUUGGCUUGGGGGGAAGAUGUCAUGGUGUAUCUCUUUUUUUUUCUUCUUUUUGUUGAGCCUAAAGGACUAAUUAUUCCAAAAGAAAAUGAUCAUUUGUCAAAACAAUGACUGAAUUUUUUUUAUUUUACCUGGAGGAAGCGCAGGCGGCUGGCAUUGUUGUACAGAUAAGUUAUUUGAUGUGUAGCCAGACAGUUCACUCAAAUAUCUUGUUCAUCAUAUUUAUCUGGUUUCACAGUCAAAUCGGCAGCGCAAACAUGCAUUGCAUGUUACACUACAUGUCAACAGCUUGUUCCAGCGUUUGUCCUUUGACCUGGAAGGUCUUUUGCUGCAACACUUCCUGAAUUUUACUAAACAAACACCUGUUGUGUUAAACAUAAUUCAUUCAGGAAAUAAUUUUAUCAACCAACAUUACAAGUAUUGUGCUCCUUGUAGCUGUGCAUGCCAGGAUGUGGAGCCCUACAACUCACCGAUUCACUGACAAAUUCGCAUGGCAAAGUUGGAUAGCUUGCUUUUACUCAUGAUCCAUUGCAUCGCUUCCUACAGAGACAAUACAUAUUGUAAUUGACAUGGAAUGGAUGAAAAUGGUCUGAUGUGAUAUGCCCAGAGUCCUCAGAAUAAAGAGACAUAGGAGCAGUGUGGACGGGAUAUGGGUCAAAACUGCGGGUAGAAGUCAUCCCCUUGAUGCCCAGAAUGCACCUGGGUCUCUACGAACACUACAUUGUCAAUAACAUAGAGAUCAAAACGUUCCCACCAUGCUGUUAGUUUACAAAAGAGGAAAAUAGGAGCAGAGUCCCUUUUGCCUGCCUCUGUCAGCGUCGCCUUCAGUCAACAUGUCUGAAAAGAAAAAUGCUCUCCACUAACUGCAGAAACGACAAGAUAUUGCUUUCAAAGAGUCUUGAAAAUAUUAUGCAAAUACAUUGCAGCCACCAUCUGAAAAAAAAGAAUAACAAUAUUCUCCUUGUUCAAACAACCUCCCAAACCUCUUUGGUUAGACUUGAAACUGCUAAUUUUAGUUAGUUAGACUGUUGGCAGAUAUUUUCGCCCUCAACAACCCCCAUUUUAAUCAUCACACCUAAAGACUGAGAGCUACUUUGCAAAUUAUUUUCACCGUCACACUUCUUCAUGUGCUUCUUCAUUGGUUUUAUUCUGAAAAGUGCUAUUUUUUUUAAAACUGAAUUGAAUUUUACUCAUAAAUUGCAUACUUGUGGUAGUCAGUCUAUGAUUGCGAAACAGCUACGAUUAAAAAGGACAAAAUGACUGGCGUUGCAAGUAUCAAAAACACGAUGGUGCAGUCGACCUUGACGGCUUCUAUUUUGUUGUGUUCAUCUUGAUUCUUAGAGAACUUUAGGAACCCACACUUUUAACUGAAUUCAUCAGCAGCUGCAGUCCUCUGUCUGUUGUGUUACUGUGCUGUUUGGUUCAUUCACAACCCAGGCACUCACUUUCAAGAAGCUUUUUUUUUUGUUGAAGUUUACAACAACCUUAAUCCACUGUAUUAUCCUGUGAGUUCACCUUUGGGGCAGAGUAUACAGUAACACUGUGUGAAAACGCAAUAAUCUGCAUUGGACGUAUUGCACUCACAGGGCAUACCAACACGAUUAAGUACUAAUAUGUUUGUGCACAGUUUUUUAUAAGAACAGUACUUUUCCAGCAGUUAAUGUGCAGGUUAAUACACUGGCGUUAGAGCAGUGUAAAGUGGUGCCAGCUGUUUUAUUUAUUUUUCGGGGGGGAUUACAAAAUGAUGGUACUGUAUGGUGUAAGAGAAUCUGUACCCAUAAGUAGAAUGUUUCAUACUGUAUCUUACACUUGCUUAAAUGACAUUUAGUGCCAACAGAAACACAAAGAGAAUAUACACCUACACAAUGAACAAAGCAGCCUUUCCCAAAACAAGUUUCUUGUUCAAAAUUACAAAAAAAAAAACUUUGUUAUCUGCAUUUGUUUUUGAUCCCUAAAGUUUACAUUUUGGUAGUUGAUAAAGAUUUGCACAUUUAGGAAAGAAAAUUGCUGUUCUACAAUGCUAAUAUUGGUAGUAAUAGAGAGAGAGAGAGAGAGAGAGAGAGAAAGCGAGAGAGAGAGAGAGAGAGAGAGAGAGAGCCUGAUGCCAAACUGCUAAUCUAUAUGAUCCUCAAAGGAAAAAAUGUCUUAAAACUAAAACGCAGUGGCUCUUCACAGAAAAGGCAGUAUUAAAAAUGAAACUGUUAUUUAUCUCAAGCUCAGAUAAUGAAGUGUUUGAACAUUUAAAAAGACAACAUCGAGAGAGAGAAAAAACAGUUGGGGUAUUUUUCUGUGUGUUCACUCAGUAUGUUCUCACAGACUGGUCGGGACUCUGGUUAGACGUCAUAUCAGACUCCACUGUUGAGAGAAUGUUAGCUGGGUAGCUGGCCCUUCCCUAACCCUGCAUACAAAGCCAACAGGAAGUUGUGUUCAAAGCCCGUCAUCCUCGUGAAUCCUCCAACCUCUCUCCUCUUACGUUUCAUGCAGAGCAUGAUUUCUCUGGCUCGUCAGGGAGUAGGAACCAUCUCACAAUGCUCAGAACAGCAGCCUGUUUUCAAUGCUGUCUUAAACAAGAGAAGUGCCUUGUGUAUGAAUGAUUCUUUUGUAAGAACAAGUUGAUGUAAAUGUUCAUUUACCUCAAAUGUUUACAAAACUGUUACUAAAUAAAUUUUUUGUACCAUA